AUCUUUCUCUUUCUAAGGGAGUUUCUCUCUCUCUCUCUAAGCAAGUAGCCAAGUACUGUACUACAGUAUUGCACUUCUGGCAUCUCUCUCUUCCCGCGAAAAUGAAAGUCUUUUUCCAAACCUAUCUUUGUCGCAUUCUCUCUUCCCCCCUCCCCCUCCCUCCCAGCCUCUGGUGUUCCCUCAAUUUUCUUGUGCUCUCUCAUUGAUGCUUCCAACCGCCGCGCACUGUACGUCUUGCUUCAUACCGCCCAAGUUGCAGGGUUGAGCUACAUACCUAGAGCGAUGGAGUUUUGCCCAACUUGUGGGAUCUUGUUGCGAUAUGAGUUACCCAAUACGAGCUGCCCAGCCAGAUUCUUCUGCCCAACUUGUCCCUAUGUAUGUUAUAUAGAGAGCAAGCUCAAUGGUGACUUGGAGAAAACUGUAAAAUCAACUUACUCAAUUUCUAUGCUCUGUCUGUAUUUAGGUAUUGAUUCUCAUUUGCUUUCUCUCAUUUUUGAUUUUUGUGGUAUCAAGGUUAAAUUUCUUCAAGGAGAAAAUGUAAAUGUGGUGAUCCGUAACGAACAAGAACUUAAUCGAAUUUGUAUGCAUGGGGCAAAUGCAAAGGCAAGGGAAAUCUGUAAGGGAAAGGACCUUCCAUGCCGUGGUUCUAAAGAAAAAGGACAGGCUAACUAUGCAGGCAAGGAAAAAGAGAUUAUCGGCCCUCAACUGUUGCGCGAAAUGGAGCGCAAGUCUGACGAGACUUGUGCAAUUCCUGUCAAGAAGAUCGCGGAGAAUGAUAGGCUCCACCGAGCAUUUGCUGAAGCAACAGCGGAGUUUAUUGGGCAGGAAAAUGAAAAGUUGAGGUACCAAUUGGAGUGCAUGAAGCUUCAAAAUGAAAAGCUUAAACACGAAUUGAUAUGUCAAAGACGAGAACUUUUGAAACAAAAAAAAGAAUUGGAGAAGGCAAAAUCCCAAGUUUACCUCAAGCAGAAAGACAUUCUUGCUGACGAGGACGAGGCAAAUAUGCUGAAUGACCGAACAAGCCUAAGGAUUAAAAGAAUGGGGGAGGUUGAUCGCAGACCUUUCAAGGAACUGUGCUUGCAGAAGUGCUCUAGUGGAGACUGGGAUGAGAUGUCUGCCAAACUAUGCUCUUCUUGGGAAGAAGAAAUGAGGAAUCCACACUGGCACCCUUUCAAGAAAAUUACAGUUGAAGGGAAACUGCAGGAGAUCAUUGAUGAAGAUGAUGAUAAGUUGAAAGAGUUGAGAAAUGAUUGUGGGGAUGAGGUCUACAAAGCUGUUGCCAGCGCGCUGUUGGAAAUCAAAAACUACAAUCCCAGUGGCAUGUAUGCGGUUCCUGAAAUAUGGAAUCCGAAGGAUGGAAGAAAAGCAAGUCUGAAAGAGAUCAUCAAUUACGUAAUCAAACAAUGGAAGUCUAAUAAGCGUAAGAGGUAAUCUGGCUAACAAUUGCUUGGGCGCCCACCACCGUAAGUAUUUUCUUUCAGCCUGGGAAGUCUAUAUAU